AAACAAAAUCCCAGUUUCCCAGCUACAGCAAACAUUACGGUAAAGUUGGUAAUUGCGCGCUCGCCCCCUAGCGGCCGAGGUGAGAAAUGGAGUGAAAAUGUGAGGUGAGCAAAGGUAACAGAGGACUGAGUGAAGGAACGCGGCUGCAGCAGGAAUGUCUCUGUGGCUGAACGAUGGAGAGGUGCUGGUGGGCCAAGGCAGCGGCGAGGCGGUCCCAUUGAGUCCCAGACUGCGGAGCUUCCCCUCUGGCAGUCCCAGGCCGGCUCAGAGACGCACUCCUCUGGCUUCGCCGUCCGCCAUGCAGCUGAGCCCGCAGGCGGAGACCAUGGGGAAGGCCAGAGAGCUGUUUGUCCUGUGUGACAAAGAAGGAAAAGGGUUCAUCACAAAGCGAGACAUGCAGAGGCUUGAGGGCGAGCUGCCGCUGUCCCCCGAACAGCUGGAGACGGUGUUUGAAAGUUUGGACCGAGAGAACAACGGAUUCCUCACUCCUGUUGAGUUUAAAGCAGGACUUGGUGAACUGAUGGGUGUGGAGGAAGCGCCCGAACGAGGCUCAGACCGAGCGGAGGCCGAACAGGAAGCAGACUGGUCCCGGGACCCAAACGCCGUCCGAUUCGUUAACAUCCUGAUGGAACUCGGCGCGGACAAGAUCUUCAAGGACCAGCAGGAGCUUUUCUCGCUGUGGAAUGAUCUCCAGAGAGACAGCCCUGAGCUGCUGAACGCCAUGGAGGCUCUUUUGGUCCAUGCCGUGUCCCACCUGCAGGAUGCCAUCAGAGAAAGAGACACCCUGGAACAAGCUCUACGCAGAAGGGAGAGUGAACACGACCAGGUGGUCCGAUCCAUUUAUGAGGAGAUGGAGAGCCAGAUCAGAGAGGAGAAAGAGAAAUGGGUCGCUCAGGACAGCUUUAAGGAGAAGCAGCGCGGCCAGCGGCUGGAGGAGGAGCUGCGCAUGCGGGAGCAGGAGUUGGAGACCACCAUGAACAAACAGAAGGAGCUCCAAACCAGAAUCCGAACUCUGAAUCAGGAGCAAAGCAGCAUCAGGGAGCAGAACCGGCAGCUGCGCAGCCUGAACAGCCAGCUGCAGGAGCAGGUGGAGAGCAGCAGAGAGCGGCUGCAGUCUGCGCUGCGUCAGCUCAGCCUGCUGCAGGCCAGCGCCGUCCAGGAGCAGGCGGCCCGGCACAGAAAUGUCACGAAGGUAUCGAGAAACAUCAAAAAGGAAAAGGAAAGUCUGCUGAGACAGCUGGAAAUAUUAAGGGAUAUGAACAGAAAUCUGCGAGAUGAGAAAGAUGCUCAGCAGUCGCUUAAGAUGAAUCCAAAGUCCAGCAAGUCUCUGCAGAAGAGAGGCUCAAUUUUAAGCAACUACUUGCUGCAAGACAUGAAGCCGCUGAGGAGACAGCUGAGCUCAUCUGGUGAGUCGGAGCAGACCGAUUCAUCCGAGGCGCGCCCGCCGUCUUGUGAGGUCAUAGGUCAACAUGUGGAGCCGGUGCACAUGCAGAGCAAACGGUUGAGCCCACAGCGAGUGUUCAAGGUGGUGUUUCUGGGGAACUCGGGGGUGGGUAAGACCUCCUUCAUUCAGCACUACUGCACAGGACACUGCAGCAGUACGGUCACCUCCACCGUGGGUAUAGAUUUCCAGAUGAAGACUUUAGUUCUGGAUUCCACCGCCAUCACUUUGCAGCUAUGGGACACGGCGGGCCAGGAGAGGUUCUGCAGCAUCACUGAACAAUAUUACCGGAAGGCGGACGGCAUCCUGGCCGUGUACGACGUCACGCAUGGCGCCUCCUUCCUGGCGGUGAGAGGAUGGUUGGAUUCUGUGAGGGAUAAGAUGUGUGAAGGGACUGUUCUGAUGCUGCUGGGAAACAAGGUGGACUUAGCAGACGAUGCCAACAGAGAAGUGAUGCGAGCAGAAGGAGAGAGGCUGGCAGAGCAUUACCAGGCUUUUUUUCAUGAGUGCAGUGCCAAGACUGGAUAUAACAUGGAGGAGCUGAUGGUUCAUCUGGCUGAGUAUGACUCUUCCCAUCCACCUGAGACGCUCUGACAAACUUCUGACAUG